CCCCCCUUCGCGCAUGCUCCCUGUGCGCCAGAGUGGGCAAACUGCGCAUGCGUAGCGCCGCGGCGGGAACACGGAAGAGCCGGGCGACCCCCAGGCGCCACCAUGGCGGCCGCCCCCCCCUCCCCAGCCCUGCAGCCGGAGCAGCAGCGAGCGGCCGACAUCAUCCGCCUCCUGACGCUCUACCGGCCCCUCCUCGACGCCUACGUCAUCGAUUUCUUCGCCGAGGGGCUGUGGGCGCAGCUCCCCCCACCCUGGCAGGCCGCACUGGCCACCGCCGCCCCCCCACAGCUGGCCGGGCUCCUGGGGGGCCACGGGGGGGGACCGGGGGCCACCUGGCCCCUCUCCCUGCUGGCCUUCGCCGCCGCCGCCCGCGCCCUCACCUUCCCCCGUGGCCGCCCGGGGCGGUCCCCGCGGCCCCCCUGCCACAGCGCCCGCCUGCACCCCCUGCUCCGUCGCCACGUCAAGCCCAAAAAGCAGCACGAGAUCCGGCGCCUGGGGAAGCUGCUGCAGCGGCUGAGCCAGGCCACCGGCUGCGACCGCGUGGUGGACAUCGGAGCGGGGCAGGGCCACCUCUCGCGCUUCCUGGCCUUCGGCCUCGGCUUAUCCGUCACGGCGGUGGAAGGCGAUGGCCGUCUGGCCGGCACAGCGGAGCGCUUCGACCGCGAGCUGCUGCGGGAGCUGGGGAAAAUGGGGGUGUCACGAAACGAGGGGCCCCCCCGGCGCCACCAGAACCCCCCCAACCGCCGCCGCCGCCCAUCUCCCCUCACCCCCCGCGGCCCGUGCCACGUUGCCGGCCGCCUGGACCCCGCCGCUCCAUGGGGGGAAUUCCUGCUGCCCCCCGACCCGCCGGGACUGGGUCCCACCGCCAAGAACCCGUUGGGGGGUGCGGGGGGGUGCGGAGGGGGGCAGCGGGUGCUGGUGACGGGGCUGCACGCCUGCGGGGACCUCAGCCCGGCCCUGCUGCGGCACUUCGCCCACAGCCCCGCCGUGGCCGCCGUCGCCUCGGUGGCCUGCUGCUACAUGAAGCUCUCCACCCCGCCUCAGCCCCCCGGUUGCCCCGUCGGCUACCCGCUGAGCGCUUGGGUAGCCGGGUUACCGGGCCACGAGCUCUCGUACCGGGCACGCGAAGCCGCCUGCCACGCGCUGGACGAGUACGUGGGGCGCUUGAGGGGGGAGAGCGGCUGCCUACGCGCCCACUGCUACCGCGCCGUCCUCGAGACCCUCAUCCGGGCGGCCGACCCCGGCAAGAAGCACCCCGGGGUGCAAACGGUGAAGAAGGCGCACGCCCUCAGCUUCCCCCAGUACGCCCGCCUGGGGCUGCCCCGCGUGGGGCUGGAUCCAGCUGCCAUCCCGCUGGAGUCGGAGGCCGUCGGGGCCAUGUUGGAGCAGCAGCACAAGGUGGUGGCUUUCUUCAGCCUCACCCAGCUGCUGGCUCCGCUGGUGGAGACCCUCAUCCUCCUCGACCGCCUGCUCUACCUGCGGGAGCAAGGUUUCCAGUGUGCCCUCGUCCCCCUCUUCGACCCCCGGUUCUCCCCGCGCAACCUGGUGCUGGUGGCAGCGCGGGCACCCCUGGGUGCGGUGUUGUCGGGCCUGGACGGGGACAGCAGCGAGGACGGGGACAGCAGCGAGGACGGGGACACGGACAUGGGGGGGCCAGAGCCCCCCAGAGAAGGGCAGACCCCCCCAGCUCCCAGUGCUGGGCACGAACCACAAUAAAACCAGGAUUUUUAACA